AAUAAUUUUAAAAAUUGUAAAAGUGAAUCAAACAAAUGACAAAUUUUAGUAUAAAAAACAAAAGUGUCACAAAAUGCAUAGAAUUAUUAACCGUGAAUUUUAUUCUUUUUAAUUAUUUCAGACCAUUUUGUUUUUUAAUCAAAUGAUAAGUCUACCAUUUUUUUCUCAAAACAAAAUCGUACGGACUACGGAGUAACAAAUAUAUUUAUAAGUCCGUCGUCGAGACUUUGAUAGAGGCGAAAUCGUCGAUCGCCGUAAGCGCGCGAAGACAUGGAGAGGCUGAAAUCCGCCGUACCCAACGGUCUCCGGCAGGAAAUUUCAGCGAGCAGCGCCGAUGACCUCCCCGCCACGUCAUCGUCCCUACUCAACUUCUUCAACCGCCUUCCCCUCUUUCACCAGUUUGUUAAGGAUUUGACGGACCCAGAAACGGCUUUGUGUCGCAAGGACCCCAAUGUUGCUUCUGAUUUAAAGAUUCGCGGUAACAAGUGCUUCUCCCGUGGAGAUCACCGGAAAGCCUUGGAUUUGUACACACAGGCAUUGCGAUUUGCUCCAACUAGUGAUGAUAGGGAGAAAACCCUAGCUGCAACGCUCUAUGUGAAUCGUGCAUCUGCAUUGCAUAAAAUGGGACUCGUUCAAGAGUGUUUACAAGAUUGUGGCCGGGCUAUUGUGAUAUCUCCCACUUAUGCUAAGGCAUGGUUCAGGAGAGGUAAAGCAAAUGCUUCAUUGGGAAAGUACGAGGAAGCCAUCCAAGACCUGAAUGUUUCUCUAAAGAUGGAAGGGUCUUUGAGUGGAAAGAGGCAAAUUGAAGGCGAGCUGGAGAUUAUUUUGGACCAGCAUAAGUUGAUGCACAGUUCAUCUGAUAUGUCCAAACAAAAUGAGUCAGAUGCUAGACCUUAUGUGACAGAUGAGGCGGACCAAGCAAAUGUGGAAUGUGUGUCUUUUUCAACUAAAGGGAGGGGAAUGGUAUCUCGCACUGAUAUCCAUCUCGCCUCUUUGGUUCAUAAAGAAGAUCCCUAUGCAGCGAUCAUCUUGAAGACCUACCGGGAGACCAACUGUCAUUUCUGCUUCAUUGAGCUCCCAGCAAAUGCAAUUCCCUGUGAUUUUUGCUCUAUACCGUUAUAUUGCUCCAGGCGAUGCCAAUUAGUAUCUGGAGGAAAAGUCUUCUGCAAAACUCCAAGGAAAGCUAGCUGCCAUGAAGGCAUACCAGAUGAACUUGAAAAAUACAUUUCACAAUGUAUUUCAGGUUUUUCAGCUGGUAAUCCCGAUGAAUGUACGGAGCAUAUUCCUGAGCAUAGACAUGAAUGUCAAGGCGCUCAUUGGCCUUCAGUAUUGCCCUCAGAUGUAGUUUUGGCUGGUCGAGUCAUUGUGAAAUUUAUAGAGCAGCAGAAUCAUUCAUGUGGUGUUUCAAACCUCGUAGCAGUUUUGGAUCUCUGCCACAAUUAUGUACAUCUGCCUCCUGACACUAAACUGGAGUUGCAUAUAUACUCAAUCGUUCUGCUGAACUGUCUUCAGAAUUCCUAUGCACUAAAACUACCAAUGACAGGGAUGAUCAUUUCACAGGUGGUUAUACUUCUAUCACAAAUCAGAGUGAAUUCGAUGGCUAUUGUCAGAAUGAAAUCUUUUGAUAUGAAAGGGAUUUCAGAUGUGCAUGGGAAUUCUUUAACCAGUAUUGUAGAACAGGUCAAGGUUGGUCAAGCUAUAUAUUUGGAGGGUAGUAUGUUUAACCAUUCUUGUAGGCCAAAUGCACAUGCUUACUUUCUUUCACGCACUCUUUAUGUACGCACAACUGAAACUGUUGCAUCAGGAUCUGAACUUGAAAUCUCUUAUGGACCCCAGGUAGGGCAGUGGGACUACAAAGACCGCCAGAAGAUCUUGAGAGAACAUUACUCAUUUGACUGUCAAUGUAGAGGCUGUUCGAAACUAAAUCUAUCUGACCUCAGUAUUAAUGCUUACAAGUGUUCUAAACAAGAUUGUGAAGGCGUGGUCCUUGACUGCACACUUGCUAACUAUGUGAAACAAAAAGUGGACCCCAUCUCUCGUGUCCUGAGCAUUCCCUACACUCAGAAGCAGGUCAAAAACGGUGGACAUGAUGGAAUUAUUGGUGCGGCAAAAUAUACGGUUCAUAAACCAGAUUAUCAUCUUAAUCCUCAUCAUUGCUUGAAUUGUGGCUCUUAUUGUGAUCUAGAAGCUGCUUCUGCUGCAAUCAGCAAAGCCCAGAGUUGUCUCAGGCGGCUGCAAGAUGCAUUAAGUUCCUCUAAUGUUCCUGCUGAAGUACUUUCCAAUGCUUUGAAGGUUUCAAAUCUUCUGAGAUCAGCAUUGCAUCCAUGCAAUAAGAGAAUUGCAGAGGUUGAAGAUAAUAUCGCACAGGCAAUGUGCUUGGUUGGGGAUCUACGAGCUGCAGUUGAUCAUUGUAUAGUUUCCAUCAAGAUCCUUGAGAAACUCUAUGAUCCGAAUCACAUUGUUAUCGGCUACGAAUUGGUUAAACUUGGAACCAUUCAAAUGCAACUUGGCGACUGCAAUGCUGCCAUCACUAUAAAGAGAGCAUCAGAUAUUUUUUCACGGCAUUUUGGAUCCCAUACGGACAUCAUAUUCUCUUAUUUGCAACACGUUCGGCUAGAAGCUGAUAGUCUCCUACUAUGAUUGCCAACACUUGUUGUGUAACCAGUUGCACUUUCCUUUUUUUAAUGAAUAUACCAUUACACUCCACUUUUCAUUUACACCAUUCACCCCCACCAUUCUUGUUUUUGUGUUCUUACUUUAUUCGUGCUACUGUGUUUUUUGUCUAUGUUUUUGUAUUUGAGCCUAUGAAGGUCUUUUGGAAACCGCCUCUAUUUUUGGAGAGUAAAUAUGGUACAGCCGG